AAUGAAAGCUGACACGUUGUUGCCCUCUAGUGGUUUCCUGGUAACGGUUUCCAGGGAUUCCUAGUUGGCAACAACAAGAGGCUUUAGGUGUUGUGUGUGCUGGGCCUCAGUCUUCUCAUUGCUCCACUUCUGUUUCCAUAGAGAAAGAUGGCUGACAAUCCCCCUCCACACAUCUCACCAGAAGAAGGGCAGGAGACAACCUACCCCCAAACCAGCGACUUUUAUCGAGUGGAGCCUGACUUACCUGCCAAGUUUAAUCACCCGGAGACAUGGAGACCAGGAUAUAGAACCAAGCCUGGCAACCCUCUGUACAGGACCACAAAUCAAACAUAUGGUAGUAGGCCACCUACUGUGCACGAGAUGCCGACAAAGUUUAAAGGAGUUUCUGACAAGUUUUCAGAAGCUGCUACAAAAUGCGGCAAUUAUAGAAACAACGGACUCAACACACACACAGAGAAAAGUUUUGUGACGGGACCAGACAAUCUAAUCACCUUCCAUGACAGGCUGAAUUUUCACCGGAGCUACAACAUCAGUGGGCCAUCACAAUCAGCUUGAUUACCAUUGAUUUGACAUAACUUUACUACCUGAGCUGGGAACUGAAUAACUUAAUAUACAGAUUCCUG